AUGGAGAAUGAAAUACAUGAGUUCUUUAAUACAUUAAUAAAUGUAGAAGCGCAAGAUAUAGAUAAUGAUUGGGUCAAACAGUUCCAUGACAAAAAGGAUUUUAUCUUCCAAGCUUGGAUUACAUUAACGCACUAUUUACAAGACGAAAACAUUAAUAAUAUCCAAUAUUUAAUCAUAAUUCUUCAUUCAAUCACUUCAACAUGCCAAUUUACUGAUAUUUAUCCAAGAUUGAUUCCUAUUUUCCCUCAGCUCAUUAAUUAUUACGAGCCAAGUUUAUACACUAUUGUUGCAAUACUAAAAACCGCAUAUAAUAACAAUCCACUAGAACUUAUCCCCAUCAUUCAGAAAUUUCCUGACGAAAGUUUAGUCAGACUUCAUAUUGAAGGUGUAUUUUUCAAUACAUACAAACAAAAAGAUAAAAACAAAUAUUUUGCAUCACACGUUGCUAAAUUUUUAAAUAUCAUAGAGAAUUUAAGCACACAAGAUAUUGAUAUUUUAACAGAAAAUUUCUGCUCUUAUUUAUAUACUAAUACCGAUUUAGUAGAAAGUUUCUAUGCCAAUGUUGUUCGGCAAUUCUUUUUCCAAUCCAAAGAACGUCCACCGAGAUAUAAAGAUUUUGUAUGUUAUUUUUGGUAUCACAUCUGUUCUAAUGACAAUUCAAUAGUAUUCUUUGAAGAUCUUAAUAACAUUAUUGAUAACUCAGCAAACAUUGAUGAAUUAUGCAUCAUAAAGAUGCUCUGUACAAUAGACUAUUGGUUACAAUACGAUUACGAGAAAAUUGAUGACUACGGUCAAGAAUUUCAUUUAAAACUACUUAGAUUCUAUUUUGAUUCAUAUGAUAGGAUUCGUAAUUCAAUCGGUAUUGAUCAAGAAGAACAAAUUACAUUGACUGGAAUCCUUAAAGCUAUUGAAUUUAAUUGUUUUAAUGAUGACACAUUCACAGCAUUACAAAAUGUCUCUGCACUUGGAAAAGAAUAUUAUCAUGAAAAUACAUUAAGUUCUGAAGCAUUCAUAGUUCUAAUUAUCUAUCUUUUCAUUCAUUAUUAUCAAUAUGGCGGCAUUUGGAACAAAAUCGAAUCUUUUUCUAUGGAAUCAUUGUUUAAUUUAUUCUUUGGUAAUUGUUUCAAUACAAUUAUUGAUGAAAAUAAUGUUAACAUAUUGCAGAUAUUCCGAGAUCUUAUUUUAGACACACAUAUAUAUUUCUAUCAAGUACCAGAAGAACAAAUUAUUAACGCUGCUACAGUUGUUAUAAGUGCAUUGCAAAAUGGAUCUAAUCCAUUACUUUUAAAUAUCUUUCAUUACAUUUGCAAGUCUCAUUUCCGAGGAAUCUUGACACUUGUAUAUGAAUCAAUUGAAAAUUUCACAGAUGCUAUAUCAUAUUAUGAAAUCCUUUUAGAAGCAGUAAAAUCAGUAUACAUAGAAGAAACAGGUUGUAUUAAACUUGCUCACACAUUUUACGAUAUUCUUAGUGAAUCAGAAUAUGAAGAGGAAUCUGUUGAAUUUAAAUUGAAUUUAUUUAAUUGCUUAUCAAUUCUAUAUCUUAAAUGUUUGAAUGAAGAUUUAUUAGGAUGUUGCAAUGAAUAUAUGAACGACUGUCUUUCAUUAUUUGAUGACAUGAGCGAUGAUGAUUUCCAAACAUUUGUUUCUAUAAUUAAUGCUUUAAUUUUCAAUGAUUGCCCAAUUACAGAUGAAAUAAUGAAACAAAUUUUCCAAAAAAUCGGGACAUUAUUCAAUCAAUAUAAUAAACACAUAGAACUGUUUAAGUUCUAUUACUUUGUUAAAUGCAAUGACGCGGAAAAAGCAAGCGAAAUAUUUAAAUUUUUCGCCAGAGAUGAAAAUAUUGAUCCAUGCAAAUCCUGUUUCAUUACAAGUGCUUUUAUCGGAAAGGAUUCAAAUCCUUUUGAUCAAUAUUCAAAUUUUGGUGUUGAGAAAAAUCCAAUUAUAAUAAUGAAUUUUGCAAAUUUAUAUUCACAUUUUCUAAAGAUGCAAGAGAAAUUAUGCAUUGAUGAUACAGCGCUUAUAUUGGAUAAUCAAAUCGAUAGUACUUCGUACAUUACUGAAUGGAUUGCAAUGCUUAUCUUAAAAGUUGGAUUCCCUUAUUUACAAUUAAUGAAUGAAUUUGGAAACAAUGAAAACUUUUCAGAAUUCAUGGGUAUAACCGAAAAUAGAUGUUUUUAUCUUGAUAAUCUUGAAGAAACUAUCACACAGAUUUUAUCUUCAGAUAUUCAUUUACUCAAUUAUGGAGUUAAUAUUGGUUUCACAGUUGAAAAUUGCAAUCAUUGCGGUGUUAUUGCAAGAAAUAUCAUUAAUGGACAAAGAGAAAUCAAUAUUGACGAAAUAGAAAUAACAGAAGAUUCAUUUGGAUAUUCAUUGAAAGUUGUUUUAUUUGCUGUUGGUAACAACUUAGUUAAUCAAGAAGAAUUCCUCACAAUCAUUGGCAUGUUUCCAUUCCCAAGAUUUAACAACAUCUUCAUUGAUGCACUCUAUUUUGUUUUCUCCAACUGUGAUAAUGAGAUCAUCAAGAAUUCAAUUUACAUUGUUGUUAAUAGAGCUCGUAUUUACUGCCGAACUCUCCUCAAAGAUGACUUCGAUUUAGAAAAGAUUAAUACAUUAUUCCCUCAAUGA